AAUUCUCACAAUGACGAACAUGUACACUACACUUGCUAAACAAUUGAAAGCCUCAAUGGCAAUAAGUGUUUGCCACCAGCCUUGGGCAGCGCCGGCCGCGAUUGCAUCAAGGCUCAAUCCAUUGCAGCCUAUCGAAGAGGAAAACACGCCAUACUAUCAACCCGAAAACUUUUACCCUGUGCAACUUGGUCAAGUUUUACAAGAGAGAUACCAGGUAGCGACUAAGCUUGGUUAUGGUUCCAGUUCAACAGUUUGGCUGGCCAGAGACCUCUGGCGCUACCGGUGGAACAGUGAGCGGUUCGUGGCUAUCAAAGUGUCCUCAAACAGACAGGAGAAUGAUACUUGUCCCGAGCUCACAACGCUCAGACUUAUAUCUAAAGCAAAUCCCCGACAUGAAGGAUGGAAUUUCAUAAGGAGGCUUGAAGACAGCUUUAGCAUUGGUGGAGUGGACCGAGAACACAUCUGCCUCGUGUUCGAGCCCAUGCGCGAACCUCUGUGGCUUUACGCACGAAGAUUUACGACCGGUGUCAUACCGUCUGAAAUUCUAAAAGUCAUGCUCCAAAUGAUUCUCCACGGACUUGACUAUCUACACACCGAAUGUCAGAUCAUCCAUACUGAUCUGAAGCCGGAUAACAUCAUGGUGAAAAUCGAGGACUCUACAAUUCUGGAGCGAGAUGCUAAAGACGAAUAUCAAAAUCCUCUGCCACAGAAGCAUAUUGACGGCCGUGUGAUCUAUCUUUCGCGGAACGAUUACGGACAGCCUUCAGUACCAAUUGGUAUCGUGCAAAUAGUGGACUUUGAUCGUUCUGUUUCCGGAAAAUUGUCCCAUUCUGGCUGCAUUCAAGCAGACGUCUACAGAGCUCCCGAAGUUAUACUCGAUGCCGGCUAUACAUACUCGGCAGACAUAUGGAGUCUUGGCGUCAUGCUUUGGGACCUACUAGAAGGCAACAAACUUUUCAAUGUGAUCGAUUCGAAGGAGACUGAUGAGUACGAUGAGCAUCUACAUCUGGCUCAAAUUACGGCCUUGUUGGGCGCUAGACCCAAAGAUUUUGGCGCCGGUCAAAGAACAUCGAUGUUCUACAAUACCAACGGAGACCUUCGAAAGAAGAGCCUCAUUAAUGAGCAAUUCAAUUUCGAGAGCGCCAUCCGCUCUGUAGGAGGUGAGGAGAAGGAGAUGUUUAUCAAGUUUGUAAAGAGAAUGAUCAGGUGGCGUCCGAAUGAAAGGAGUACUGCAAAGGAACUCUUGGACGAUCCAUGGUUGUACACAGACUUUUCGCAAGAUCGAUAAAGUACAUAGUCAUUUACUGAUCGACACCAUGACUGAAAGAUGAUGUUCAGACUCAGUCUUUCUUCUGAGCUUCAUU